CAUCAAAAAAAGAUAUAUUUUAAAAAUUUUAAGAAUUAUAAGACACAAACAAUAUCUACUUAAACAGAAAAAAUAGCACUACACUAAAUCUUAUUUUUAAAUAAAUAAAGCAUUUAAUAUAAGAACUUUAAAUAAUUAUUAUAUAAAAGAGAUAUGAAGUUUGUUUUGACAGACGAAGAGUUAAAUAAAUAUAAAAAUGAUGAUAGCUUGGAUGAGAAAAGUGAAUACAAAUAGUUUAUCAAUACAGUUAAGAGUGAUUAAAAAAAUAUAUCUGAAAAAGCAAAUUCUAAGUCGAAUAGCUUAGAUAAAGCAAGACUAGAAACUAAUAGUGCGUUUAAUAUAAAAACAAGCAAUCAAUAAAAGAAAGUCAUAGAUGAUUAAUACCCAGUUAUUGCUGAAUUCCAAGAUUAUGAUCAACAUGCAAACCAUGAAAAGCAAUUUUAUAUCCCAUUUAUGAAUGAUAAAAAAAUGAAAGAUUAGUCAUUUAAAAAUAAUAAAAACGAAUAUAGCGAUUAAGAUGAUUACGAUAACUAAUCAUCUUAGCAUUUUGAUAUUUUACCUUUGCUAAAUGAGAGUAGUUCUUCUUAGCAAAGAUCUUAGCAACUUUCUUAACAAGGAUCUUUGCAGCUUUAUUAAUAGUAAAGAUCUUUAAAUAGUAAUAAAGGAUUUAAAUUAGCUAAUAAAACGCAAAUAGGACUUGAUUUUUAACAAUAAUAAUUAUCAAGUAUAAAAGGAAAAAAUAAAAUAAUUCUUCAAAGUAAAGAAAUCAAUCAAUUUUAAAAUAAAAACCUUUUAUAAGACUAAAAUAAUCAUUAAAAUCUCAAAGCAGCAGAAAAAAAUAUAUUUAUUUAGAAUUAGAGUAAAUUUAUAUAAAAUAAAAAGAUUAAUGAUAACCAGUUAAUAGGAAAGGAUAGAAAUUAAAAUUAUUCUUCAUAGCCUAAGUAAUUAUUUUAAAAUAUGGAAAGCUUUAAUUCUAACUUGAUUCCCUCCAGCUUGAGUAGAAAUAAUCAAUAAAAUACCUCAUCUAUUAGUAAUACGAGUUAGAAUACAACAUAAAAUCAACAAUAGAAGUAAUUUUAGAACUAAUCGUAAAAUGGAUUUAAGCAAAAUGGGCUGUUUUAAAGCAACAAUUAACUUCUUUAAGAAAAUAAAUUAAAUUAUUUACCAAGGUAUUAAGAAAACAUCCUAAAUAAUAGAUAAACCAAUUUUGUGUCCAAAUAACAUGCAGAAAAGCAAAUGAUGCAAAGAAUUUAAGAAAAAAAAGAUUUGGCUCUAAAUAUGAGAAGAAAGAAGGGAUUUUUAGUAACUGAAAAAUACAAGCAAAAGCUAUUGCGAGAUGAACAAAAUGAUAGUGUGAAGAAAGCUAGAAAUGGAAUUUUUUUUGAAAAAUAUGAAAAGCUUUAUCAAUAAGUUUUGCUUCGAUACUAUAAAAAAGAUUUAGAAGACAAAGCAAUCAGGGCAGAUGGUAUAGAUUUCCUUAUGUUCUAGAUUCCUAAAUGUAUAAAGCCAAAGCCAAACAUAUUAGUCAAAAAAGUUGAUGAUCAUAAAUUAUAUUACGGAGUUUUACAAUCUAUGAGAGACAAGCAUUUUAUGGAUAUGUUAGAAUUUUUACAAAAAGGUAAUAUGUUCACUUUAGAUUAACUUAAGAGAUUCGAAGAGAAGCGAUUGGAGCUACUUAAUAAUACUUUGAAAUACAAUGUCCUGUUCAGACCGAAAAAAAAAAAAUUUGGAACCACCUGUUUCUCGAAUUAAGUCAAUAGACAGUUAUUACCAGGAUAAAUUUUACCAAAUUAAAGUUUCUAAAACAAUAACUCGUUGAACGGAGGGUAAAACUCUUAUGAUUUCACAUCAGAAAGCAAUUAUAUGUAUGGCGAAGGCUGGAGUAACACUAAUUAGAGCAGUGAUUAAUACAUUCUAAAUGUGAUCAAUAGCCUAAAAAAUCAAUAAUAAAACAAUCCAUUUAACAAAUCUAAGCAACCUCAGCUUGAUUAAUAACCCACUUAAUAGAUGUAAAUACCAAAAUAAAAUGAAUAAAACAAUUAAAAAACUAAUUAUUUUAAAGCACAAAAACAAAUAUAAUAAAAACAAUUUGAAGAUAUGAUUACUUCGUCAAAAGUAAAUUAAUAAAGCGAAGCAUAGCAAAAUAAAAUAAUAAAAAAUUAAGAAUUAGGCACAAAAUAAUAACUCUUUGUACAUAAUGUAUAGAAAACAAAUAAUUAUUUGAACUCAAAAGAGUAAAUAAAAGAUCAAGAUAACCUAAAAAAUUCUACCCAACUAAGGACUUUUGGUGGUUUAAUAGUUGACGGGAUAAAUAAAAUAAGUUAGUUUCUAAGACAAAGGAUUUUUUUAAUUAAAUCAAAAGAUAAUUAAAUUUCUUCUUCUUCUUCCUCUUCUUUUUAUGAUACUAAUAAUCAAAAUUGA